CGCGUAUGUCUAAAUAUUCCUACGUCCAUGACCCAAAACCGUGUCUCUGACAUUUUAACAUUUGUGUUCGAAUACGUGUGUGUGAGAGAGAUUAAACAUAAGUUCAAAGAGAAUAAAUAACAGAUUAUACGGUAUUAAAUGGAACGCUGGCUAGGUCCACUCUUUUCCUAGCUAGAAGAUGCUCACGCGAGACUCUGUCUCUAUCAUACAAUACAUAUAGCUCGAAUACAUCGAUGCUCCGAAAACUAUGUGUGUGUCGGACAUAAAUAGAGAAGCUCCGUUACUCGAAACCUCGAAUGACAAAUUCCCGCGUUUCCACGCUUGAGAACAUUUUACCAAAUCGAAAGAGAGAGCUGCGAGGAUGACGAGUGCAGCACGGAGGUCGCGACAAAUUUAUUUUUAUGUAAUUUCGCUUGUGAAUUGAAUAUAGUCCAGUGUUUCGACGCGCACAGAAAUGGCGGAUGCUAUAUUUAUCACGCAUUUCGUACUCUUGUUGACAUUUAUAUUAUGUUCAGGUGAACGAGAGAUUGCCUUACAGGACCAAGAUAUUUCUUUUGACGAUGAAAAAUCAGAUCCACCUGAGCUUUUGGAUCAUAGUCUUGGUUUCAACACAAUCAGUCAAAAACGUUUUAAAUGCCAUGUGUGUGACGACUCGGAAUGUUUGCCACCUAAAACCUGCACCGACGCAGUCACUUGUUGGAAGUCCACGAUGAGAGAAGCUGAUGGUAAAGAGUAUGUCAACCGUGGCUGUUAUACAAAAGAGGAACAUAAAUUAUUGAUGUGUAAUAAAGAAAAUAGCCAAAAUGUUGAUCAUUAUAAGGAAAGGAACAUCAGAGGGCUAUCAGGUGGUGCUCAAUUCUCUAUAGAAUGUUGUCAAGCAGAUUUUUGUAACGUUGGACCAUAUCCUAAGUUGGAAGAUUAUACAGCAAAUACUGACAAGGAAUAUCAUGCAUUAAAAUUAACAUUUGCGAUUCUUGGAAUGCUGGUCGGGAUUUUUGGAGGAAUCGCAUUCGGUCUAAUGUUGCAACGAAUACGAAGAAAACGACCGAUGCCGCCCCGUCAGAAUAAACUUAUUAUAGAUUCCGAAAUUGAACCUUCCAUAAUGCAUUUCUCAUUUUCUUCGCCUACAUCAUCCGCCACUUAUAAUUCGCAUGAGCUUAGAGCAACGGCUGCUGGUGAUAGUACACUUAAAGAGUACUUAGAUGGACGAAGUUUGACCAGUGGUUCCGGUUCUGGAUUACCCUUGUUAGUACAAAGAACUUUAGCUAAGCAAGUAGCUUUAGUAGAGUGUCUCGGUAACGGUAGCAGUGGGGGAUUCGGUGGAGAAGUGUGGAGAGGGGUUUGGCACGGCGAAAAUGUAGCCGUAAAAAUUUAUUUCUCGCGAGACGAAGCUGCAUGGGCCAGAGAGACCGAGGUUUACUCUCAACUGUUACCGUCCAGGCACGACAAUAUCCUAGGAUAUAUCGGUAGCGAUAUGACCAGUAGAGCCAGUUGCACUCAACUCUGGUUGGUGAUGCAGUAUCAUCCUCUCGGCUCGCUCUUUGAUCAUCUCAAUCGGUCGCCGCAUCCAUUGACACCUCAUCAAACGCUCAAUAUUUGUCUGAGUAUUGCCAAUGGUUUGCUUUAUCUGCACACGGAGAUCCGCGGAACCAGAGGAAAACCGGCUAUGGCCCAUCGUAAUCUCAAAUCGAAGAAUAUCCUGGUGAAAACCAAUGGUGGCUGCGUAAUUGCCGAUUUCGCGUUAGCAGUUACGCAGGAUCGUCUCGUAGCAGACAGAUUUGACUUACGACAAGGAACGAAACGCUAUAUGAGUCCGGAAAUUCUUGAUCAAACGAUAAACGUCGAAUGUUUAGAGAGCUUUAGACGAGCUGAUAUCUACAGUUUAGGAUUGAUACUAUGGGAAGUCUGUCGCAGAUGCAUAAGUAACGGUGUAGCCUUGGAAUACGCGAUGCCAUACAGCGAAUGGUUGCCAAGCAGCAAUCAAGAACCCUCCAUAGAAGAAAUGCGUAAACUGGUCUCGUUUGACCAGCGAAGGCCGCCCCUUCCUAACAGAUGGCAUUCUGACCCGACUUUGGCUGGAACGGGAAAGCUAAUGCGGGAGUGUUGGCAUGGGAAACCAGCGGCCAGACUGCCUAUUCUUAGGGUAAAGAAGACACUCGUUAAAUUAGCAGCUAGUGAUUCACGUGUUCAUUUACCCCUUGACUGACCAGCGUUCAUCUUACCGGGUUCUCUUUCAUCCUCCUAUUUAUUAUUGCAAUUGCUGCACCAACCUGUCAUGUAUAUUAUAAGUUUAAUCAACAUUCACGUGUCAUCAGAUCGUUAUAUCAUGAAGAUGAAGAAAUAUCGUGUAUUGACAUAUCCAACUAAUGAUGGUAAUAAGUUUGUUAAUGUUUGGCAUAUGAAUUUUAUUGCCUUAUGUUCCAUUACUGUUAUCUUACUCUGGAACAAUAAUAGCAUUAAGUGUAUAAUUUCGUAGCAUUGAUCGGAUCAAAAUAAAAAAAUACUUGUUUAUUCAAUAGACAAGAAAUUAGAUAUUCUGAUUAUCUAAGAUUAUUUGUUUAAAAAAAUAGCUAUUAUAGGGGAGAAUAUAGAUUUUCAUAAUUUACUUGAUUGCAGAAAAGCGAAUGAUAUAAUGAUACAAUUUUUCUAAUCGAGAUUAAUUUUAGUGUUCGAUAUUUUCAUUUAACAUAAUCGAUUCACUUUAUUAUAAUAUUAAGAAGUUUAAUAACAUCAUUUUGAAUGUUUUUCUAAAUGAUUAUGGCUCUCAAUUUAGUUUAGCAAGUAGUACAUUUGUAUGUACAAAAAUACUAAUAUACAAUCGUGUCGGUAAUAUCAGAUAUACAUAUAAUAUUGUUAUUUCUAAUAAAUUCCUUUUAAACAUCUCA